UGAUUUUUUUGUCAUCAGUUGAUGGGAACACGGCUAGCUAGCCUGCUGGCUAAAUAAGCUUACUUUUUAUUACAAGUUCGUGUUAGAUGUUUAUGACAAUCAAUAUUUUAUUUUAAGCAAGUCUGAGUCUUACUGACUUCAGGAACCUCGCGGCUAACGAUAAUGCAAGUCUUUCAUUCAAUAUUUGCACUAGCUAACUAACGUUAGGUAGCUAUUGUAAAUUGUCUUAUAUUGGCUUACGGUCUCAUAUUCAUAGUUCAUAUUUUACGCGUCAUACUCUACGAUAACUUCAGCUAGUUAUCUUGUGUGUCAGUCUAAAUCCAUCCAUUUGGAAUCACGGCUAAUGUUAACUAUCUAACUAGUCAGUUAGCCUGACAGGUGGCUAGCUAUUGAACAGGUUGUAAGUCCUCCAUCAUCACAUCUGCCAGACGGACUCAACCAGCAUGGAUUACCAGAACACAGCGAAUGCAGUUGGGGACUGUCUUUUGAGCUACACCAAGGACGAGUCUGGGUGGAAAGUCUGCAAGAAAUCGAAUGACGUCAUCGUGUCCUGGCGGCCAUCGACUGAGUUCCCUGGGAAUGUAUAUAAGGGGGAGUCGGUGGUGAAGGGAAGCCCAGAGAAGGUAUGGGAGUGUCUGAAGCCUGUUCCAAAUGGACUGCGGGUGAAAUGGGACAACAAUGUCAAGAAGUUUGAGCUGGUAGAGCAAGUCACUGAGAACGUCACUGUCUGCAGAACAGUCACUCCAUCAGCAGCCAUGGGCAUCAUAGCUCCCAGAGACUUUGUCGACGUUAUUCUAGUGAAGCAAUACGAAGACGGCACCAUUACAUCCAAUGCCACCCAUGUGACCCACCCCAGCUGCCCUCCCCAGUCAGGGUAUGUGAGGGGCUUCAACCACCCCUGUGGCUGCAUCUGUGUCCCCAUCUCUGGGGAGCCAAACAAAACCCAGCUGUUCAGUUUCUUCCAAACGGACCUGGGGGGCUUCCUGCCUCGCUCCGUGGUCGACUCUUUCUUCCCAUCCAGCAUGGUGGAGUUCUACAGCAACCUGGCCAAGGCCAUCAAGUCCCUCAAGGACCACUGAUACACUCCUACUAUACCUUCCCUUAGCCCUGGUCCCAGAUCUGUUUGUGCUGCAUAACCAACUCCUGGCACCAGGUGAUACUCAGAUCUGGGACCAGCAUUCAGCGGGACCAAAAAACACAAUGAUUAGCUAUGUGAAUGGUUUAGUUUUAAAGAGGCUAUAUGGAACUUUUCACCUCCGGGGGCUUUUUAACUGAAAGGGACAGAUGGAUGUAAAUGGAUUUGAAAGAUCCUUAUUUGAGAGCAUGGGGCACACCUCCCCAGACCAUAUCUUUCUAGACUAAAAAUAAGGAUUGUGUUGUUUCAUGAGUAAAUAAAUAUUUUAUAUCAACCAUACAGGCAACACUCAAGCCAAAAAUGUAGAUAAACAAUUAGCAACUCAACUUCUGUACAGCCUCUUUAAAAGAGUGGUCACCUGGCCUUGGCUUGGAGCAAACUGUAUCUGAGCUUAAAGGGAGAUGAUAUUGGAUGAUAUGAGGGAAGGAAGUGUGCAGCUUGUUUGUCCCAGCACUAAACACAGCUGAUUUCAGGUCGUUGAGGUCUUGGUUCAUUUGUGUAAUAAUGGAGUGUUAGUGCUGGAGCAAAAAGCCUGCAACCCUGGUAGUGUUGCUCUCUUGGACCAGGUAUGGUGGCCACUAG